UUUAAUUAUAAACUAAACUUCCGCUCUUCCGACCGCAUGUCCUUGACGGCAUGCGAAGAAGAAGAAAUUAAAGGAAUAUGUUCACCAAUUCGUUGUCGACGAUGCUUCGUUGUCAUCAAACAACGCUGACUCGAUAUACAGACUUAUUGAUUCAACCGAGACGGUUUAGAUAUAAAAAGAAAUGGGCAACUCACUUCAAAGAAAAAACACACUGUGACCGUGCCCUUGAAUAUUUUGAUGUGUUCUACAAACCACUUUAUGGGAAACUCUGGCCUUCGAUUCGGAUUUCUCUCCUCUCAAAUCAUAAAUACUGUGCUCUUGUCAAUAACUUCAGCUUCGUUGAAAACACCACCAAGUUUCUUGAGAAACUUGGCUGUCAUGAUAUUAUACAGCGUGCUAAGACUACAGAACCUCUGUUACAUGAAGAUUCUGUUGAGAGAAGCAAAAUAAGUGAUAUUUCAGAAUCAAUUGUAGAGAACACUGUUGGUUCCGAUGAUUCAGAUGUUGAAGACCAUAAUCGAACUAAUUUGACUGCAUUUUUACCAGUGAAGAAAGUAUAUUCAUCUAAACAGCUUCAGAAGAAAGAAGAAUUGGAACAAAGUGUGUAUAUGCCACAGAACAUUGCAUUAAAAGUGGUUCCUUGCAGUAUUUCAGCUCUCCCAGAACAUCUGAAAGUUUACUGCUUUAAACGUGGAAAUACCGGUACAUUUCCAUCUCCCAAGAUUCACAAAACUGGUCUUUUAGAUUAUUUCCUUUUGGAUGCUGCAUCUAUAUUACCUGUUAUUGCCCUUGACCUUCAAUGCAAGGAGACUGUCCUUGACCUUUGUGCUGCUCCUGGUGGGAAAACAUUGGCUAUUUCACAAACAUUACUGAUUAAAGACAUAGUCUGCAAUGACAUUUCCUAUUCCCGUUUGAGUCGUCUCAAGAAUAUGCUACGCUUCUACAUUGGUGACUUUGAAAAUAACUUUUCCUUGGAAUUUAGCAAGAAUAACGGCUGCCAUUUUAACGAGCCAUUUUUUGAUAAGGUGCUUGUUGAUGUUCCUUGCAAUACUGAUAGACAUGUUUUGCUAAGUGAAGAUAACAACCUUUUCAAACCUGGCCGUAUCGAUGAAAGAGUCAGUCUGCCAGAACAGCAGAGAAAUCUACUUGUGUCUGGAAUUAAAAGUUGCAGGCCUGGAGGAUCUGUUGUCUAUUCUACUUGUACAUUGUCAUUUGCUCAAAACGAUGGUGUUAUUCAAAGUGCCUAUGACUAUCUUAUGCAGAAUUCAAAUAUUGACAUUGUAGUGGAAGACCUUCAGCCUCUAUUUAGUUGCUUCAGAGACACUUUCUCAUUUUAUCGUGGCACCAGAUUUGGAGAAUUAGUUCUUCCUAGUCUUUCUUCAAACUUUGGGCCAAUGUAUAUAUGUAAAAUAAAAAGACUUUCAUAACUGCUUUUUUAACUAAAUUGCUUUCUCAA